UCAGGGUGACAGCCGUCCGCACUACAUCACCCGGCAUGCCCUGCGGGUGACGCGCCGGUCCCGUGACUCCCGCUAGCUUCGCUCCUCCCGGUCUGUGUAAAGAUGGCGGACGAGGACGGGAUCCACUCUAGUCAACGGAACGGUGGCGGAGGCCCGGGCUUCGUGGCGGCAGGGGGCCCGCGGGUUGUCCGGAUAGUAAAGUCUGAGUCCGGGUAUGGCUUCAAUGUGAGGGGCCAGGUGAGAGGCGGCCAGCUGCGGAGCAUAAACGGAGAGCUGUACGCCCCGCUCCAGCACGUCAGCGCGGUGUUACGGGGAGCCGCCGACCGCGCCGGGAUACAAGGGGACCGCAUCCUGGAAGUGAACGGGGUGAACGUGGAGGGGGCGACCAAGCAGGUGGUGGACCUGAUCCGGGCUGGAGAGAAGGAGCUGGUCCUCACUGUCCUGUCCGUGCCCCCACAUGAGGCGGAGAACUUGGACCCCAGCGAUGACUCCUCGGGCCAGUCCUUCUAUGACUACACGGAGAAGCAGGGUCCCAUCUCCGUCCCCACCUACAAGCACGUGGAGCAGAACGCGGAGAAGUUUGUGGUCUAUAAUGUCUACAUGGCCGGCCGCCAGCUCUGCUCCAAGAGGUAUCGCGAGUUCGCCAUCCUGAACCAAAACCUGAAGCGAGAAUUCGCCAACUUCACCUUUCCCCGGCUCCCAGGAAAAUGGCCGUUCUCCCUAUCAGAGCAGCUGGACGCCCGCAGAAGGGGCCUGGAGGAGUAUCUGGAGAAAGUGUGCUCCAUACGGGUGAUUGGCGAGAGUGACAUCAUGCAGGAGUUCCUGUCGGAGUCGGAUGAGAACUAUAACGGAGUGUCUGAUGUGGAGCUGCGGGUGGCGCUGCCCGACAAGACGACCGCCACCGUCCGGGUGAAGAAGAACAGUACCACAGACCAGGUGUUCCAGGCUCUCGCUGCCAAGAUCGGGAUGGACGCCAUCACUGCUAACUACUUUGCGCUGUUUGAGGUCAUUAACCAUUCCUUCGUCCGGAAGUUGGCGCCACACGAGUUCCCCCACAAGCUGUAUGUCCAGAACUACACCUCCGCGGUGCCCGGCACCUGCCUCACCGUGCGCAAGUGGCUCUUCACCACGUCCGAGGAGGCGCUGCUGAAGGACAACGACUUGGCGGUCUCGUACUUCUUCCACCAGGCAGUGGAGGACGUCAAGAAGGGUUACGUCAAGGCGGAGGAUAAGGCCUAUCAGCUACAGAAGCUGUGUGAGCAGCGGAAGAUGCUGAUGUAUCUGAACAUGCUGCGGAGCUGUGAAGGCUACAACGAGAUCAUGUUCCCGCACUGUUCAUGUGACUCGCGCAGGAAAGGCCACGUCAUCACCGCCAUCAGCAUCAGGCACUUCAAGCUCCUGGCCUGUACGGAGGGGGGGUCUCUCCAGAAUCAGGUGAUCGCCUUCGAGUGGGACGAGAUGCAGCGGUGGGACACGGAUGAGGAGGGCAUGGCGUUCUGCUUCGAAUACGCCCGCGGAGAGAAAAAGCCACGAUGGGUGAAAAUCUUCACUCCUUAUUUUAAUUACAUGCAUGAAUGCUUUGAGAGGGUCUUCUGUGAGCUGAGGUGGAGGGAAAGGGUGGAAGAGGAAGCCACGGAUAAAGACAAUAAGAACUGCAGUAAUGACAGUACGUGCAGCAAGAACAUCUUUCAGAUUGUACGGUUGCAGCACAAGGACACUAGCACUUAGCAGCCCCUCGGCGGGGCCCGGCCAUCGUUCCUGUCAUUUGUCAUGAAGACGGACUGAUGUGUUAACCUCUUCAGCACUGGGCUGCUCUGUGCAGCAUGGCAGGGGUUCACCAUUCCACACAAGCAUUAGACCUCUGCUGAGGAUCCGUUUCGGUGUCAUCCAGGCCUGCGCCCGACGUCCGACGUUCUCAGUCCUGCCAUUGCUUUCUGUAGUUUGGACCCCCCCCCCCCCCCCCGGCCCCUGUCGUAGUCCUUGCAUGUGACUUAACCCCUUCCUUCUUCCUAACACUACUCCUCCUCCCCGUGCUCCAGCCGC